GCGGAGGUGUGUGUCUGCUGACUGAGUAGUGACAGAGAUGAGGCUUUUUAAAAACGUACGUGGCACCGUUUGUGUAUCAAUGUUCUGUGUACAAAUACCGUAUUUGCCACAUGUGGCAAUAACUGUUAUUUGGCAUAUUUUUCUUGUUUUGAGUGAUGACUUAAAAUUUUUAUAACCUUUAAUUCAAAUGCAUGUUAAAGGCUGAUACGUCUUUUAACCUAUGUGAUACAUAUUUUAUCCUCAUUUUUGAAACUGAUACUGAAGAAGGUUGUUUAUAUUUUCACAGCUGCAAAUUGACAGAGCUACAAUUCAGAUCUGCCACGAUGUGCCUCCAAACCUCAUGUUGUUUUCAUGAUCAGUGGCUAUGGCAGAUUUUGUCGAACUCUGAUCUCCAUGACACUGACUUUCCUUUCAUGUGAUUUGAAUGCAUAAUCAAAUUUAAGAGCUACUGUUUUGUCAUUUUCUUGAAGCUUCCUGUGCCCAGGCAGGGAUUAGCUGGUAACGUCGAGUGACUGACCAUGUGGCCUUCAUCUUUCCAGGUGUCUCGGUGUCUCUGGAGAGGCCUGAAGCAGAUCGUCCUUCCAAGUCCAGCUUAUCUCUUCCCAGCUGUUUUGCUUGAAUUUCUAGAUGACCGCUGAGCUUGCAGCUCCUGAGAGAACAAAGAUUAAGACCCAGUGUGGCCAUGCCAGCUAGUUGGACUUCGUCUCAGCUACCCUCAGGCCUGGCUAAGGAGGGUGGCAGCUUGCAGGAGGGUUCAGUGACCUUCAGGGAUGUGGCUAUAGAUUUCAGCAGGGAGGAAUGGCAGCACCUGGAACCUGCUCAGAGGAAUCUCUACUGGGAUGUGAUGCAAGAAACCUUCAGCCACCUGCUCUCAGUGGGCUAUCAAGUUCCAGAGCCGGAGGUUUUCAUGUUAGAGGAAGAGCAGGAGCUCUGGGCAGUGUGGAGGGAGCGUGCACAUCAGAGUCUCUCCGAAGAGAAAUUUUGGGAACAUCAUCAGUAUGGAAAACUCAGCAGUUAUAAACAUGCAUCUUCUGUAAAAGAGAAAAUUCAUAUUAGUGGAAAAUUCUAUGAGUUUGCUGAAUUUGAGAAGAUCUUUACCCAGAAGCCACAGCUCAAAGAUCGUACAGGAGAAGAAUUCUAUGAGUGUAUUGAAUGUGGGAAAACGUUUUUACAGAAGCCAGAAUUCAUUACGCAUCAAAAAUCCCAUAUCAAAGAGAAGCCCUGUAAAUGCAAUCAAUGUGGAAAGACUUUUUUCAAAGUAUCUUCUCUUUUUAGACUUCAGAAAAUUCAUUCUCGAGAAAAACUCCAUGAAUGCUGUAAAUGUCAGAAAGACUUCUCAAACUCAAAUCUCAGUGUUUAUCAGGAAAGUGAUACUGGAGAGACACAUCAUGAAUGUGGUGUUUGUGGUAAGAUAUUUUUACAAGUGUCCACACUUGAGGCACAUCAGAAAAUUCAUAUGGGAGAGGGAUCCCAUUUAUGUAUUGAAUGUGGACAGGCCUUUGCCCAGAAGGCACAAUUAAUUGCACACCAAAGAAGUCAUACUGGAGAAAAGCGAUAUGAAUGUAGUAACUGUGGAAAAUGCUUCAUUUCCAAGUCACAGCUGCAGGCGCAUCAAGAAACGCACACAGCAGUGAGGCAUAACGUAAGUGCUGAAUAUGGGAAAGUCCUAAGUAAUUCCAAACUCACUACACAAAAGAAAGUACAAAGUAAAGAGAAAUCUUCAAUAUGUACUGAAUGUGGGAAAGCAUUUGCUUACAGGUCAGAGCUAAUUAUACAUCAGAGAAUUCACACUGGAGAGAAACCUUAUGCGUGCAGUGACUGUGGGAAAGCCUUUACCCAGAAGUCAGCACUCACAGUGCAUCACAGAAUUCACACGGGAGAAAAGUCAUACGUGUGCAUGCAGUGUGGCCUGGCCUUCAUCCGGAAGACACACCUGAUUACACAUCAAAUAAUUCAUACAGGUGAAAAACCUUAUAAGUGUGCUUACUGUGGGAAAUCUUUUACUUCCAAGUCACAGCUUCAUGUGCAUAAGCGAAUCCAUACAGGAGAAAAGCCGUAUGUGUGCAGUAAGUGUGGGAAGGCCUUCACAAACAGAUCAAAUCUCGUGACACAUCAGAAAACUCAUACAGGAGAGAAAUCCUAUGUAUGUUCUCAGUGUGGGAAGGCCUUCACCCAGAGAUCAGAUUUGAUUACUCAUCACAGAAUCCACACUGGAGAGAAGCCUUAUGAAUGUGUUACCUGUGGAAAAGCCUUCACCCAGAAAUCACACCUUAACAUUCACCAGAAAAUUCAUACUGGAGAGAGACAGUAUGAAUGCCAUGAAUGUGGGAAAGCUUUCAACCAGAAGUCAAUCCUCAUUGUGCAUCAGAAGAUUCACACGGGAGAGAAGCCCUACGUGUGCACCGAGUGUGGAAGGGCCUUCAUUCGCAAGUCCAACUUUGUCACUCACCAGAGAAUCCAUACUGGAGAGAAACCUUAUGAGUGUAGUGAUUGUGGGAAAUCCUUCACGUCCAAGUCUCAGCUCCUGGUACAUCAGCCAAUUCACACAGGAGAGAAACCCUAUGUGUGUGCUGAGUGUGGGAAGGCCUUUAGUGGAAGGUCAAAUCUCAGUAAACAUCAGAAAACUCACACUGGAGAAAAGCCUUAUCUCUGUUCUGAUUGUGGGAAGACCUUCAGAGAGAAGUCAGAGUUGAUUACACAUCAUAGAAUUCAUACCGGAGAGAAACCUUACCAGUGUAAUAUAUGUGCAAAAUCUUUCAUUAAGAAAUCACAGCUCCAAGUACAUCAGCGAAUACACACUGGAGAGAAACCUUAUGUGUGUGCUGAGUGUGGAAAGGCCUUCACUGGCAGAUCCAAUUUGAAUAAACACCAGACAACGCACACUGGAAUUAAACCUUACAAGUGUACAUUUUGUGGGAAAGGAUUCAUUCAGAAGUCGGUGCUCAUUGUGCAUCAGAAUAUUCACACUGGAGAAAAACCUUACAAGUGUAAUGAAUGUGCAAAAUCUUUUUUCCAAGUAUCUUCUCUGUUCAGGCAUCAGAGAAUUCAUACCGGGGAAAAACUCUAUGAAUGCAGUGAAUGUGGGAAAGGCUUUUCUUACAACUCAGAUCUCAUUAUACAUCAGAAAAUUCACACUGGAGAGAGACACCAUGAAUGCACUGACUGUGGCAAAGCAUUCACACAGAAGUCCACACUCAAGAUGCAUCAGAAAAUUCACACAGGUGAGAGAUCCUAUAUAUGCAUUGAAUGUGGUCAGGCCUUCAUCCAGAAAACACACUUGGUUGCACACAGGAGAAUUCAUACGGGAGAAAAACCAUAUGAGUGCAACUGUGGAAAAGCUUUCAUUUCCAAGUCGCAACUCCAGGCACAUCAACGAAUUCACGCAAGAGGGAAGUCUUACAUAUGCACUGAAUAUGGAAAAGUCUUCAGCAAUAGUUCAAACCUCACUAUACCAAAGAAAGUACAAAGUAAAGAGAAAUCUUCAAUAUGUACUGAAUGUGGGAAGGCAUUUGCCUACAGGUCAGAGCUAAUUAUACAUCAGAGAAUUCACACUGGAGAGAAACCUUAUGCGUGCAGUGACUGUGGGAAAGCCUUUACCCAGAAGUCAGCACUCACAGUGCAUCACAGAAUUCACACGGGAGAAAAGUCAUACGUGUGCAUGCAGUGUGGCCUGGCCUUCAUCCGGAGGACACACCUGAUGGCACAUAAAAUAAUUCAUACAGGUGAAAAACCUUAUAAAUGUGCUUACUGUGGGAAAUUCUUUACUUCCAAGUCACAGCUUCAUGUGCAUAAGCGAAUCCAUACAGGAGAAAAGCCGUAUGUGUGCAGUAAGUGUGGGAAGGCCUUCACAAACAGAUCAAAUCUCGUGACACAUCAGAAGACUCAUACAGGAGAGAAAUCCUAUGUAUGUCCUAAGUGUGGGAAGGCCUUCACCCAGAGGUCAGAUUUGAUAACUCAUCACAGAAUCCACACUGGAGAGAAGCCUUAUGAAUGUGUUACCUGUGGAAAAGCCUUCACCCAGAAAUCACACCUUAACAUUCACCAGAAAAUUCAUACUGGAGAGAGACAGUAUGAAUGCCAUGAGUGUGGGAAAGCUUUCAACCAGAAGUCAAUCCUCAUUGUGCAUCAGAAGAUUCACACGGGAGAGAAGCCCUACGUGUGCACCGAGUGUGGAAGGGCCUUCAUUCGCAAGUCCAACUUUGUCACUCAUCAGAGAAUCCAUACUGGAGAGAAACCUUAUGAGUGUAGUGAUUGUGGGAAAUCCUUCACGUCCAAGUCUCAGCUCCUGGUACAUCAGCCAAUUCACACAGGAGAGAAACCCUAUGUGUGUGCCGAGUGUGGGAAGGCCUUUAGUGGAAGGUCAAAUCUCAGUAAACAUCAGAAAACUCACACUGGAGAAAAGCCUUAUUUCUGUUCUGAAUGUGGGAAGACCUUCAGACAAAAAUCAGAGUUGAUUACACAUCAUAGAAUUCAUACUGGAGAGAAACCUUAUGAGUGCACUGAUUGUGCAAAAUCUUUCACUAAGAAAUCACAGCUCCAAGUACAUCAGCGAAUACACACUGGAGAGAAACCUUAUGUGUGUGCUGAGUGUGGGAAAGCAUUUACUGACAGAUCCAAUUUGAAUAAACACCAGACAACACACACUGGUGACAAACCUUACAAGUGUGAAGUGUGUGGAAAAGGCUUUGUUCAGAAAUCAGUGCUCAUUCGACACGAGAAAAUUCAUUCUAAUGAGAAACAUGUUUGUAAAGAAUGUGGGAAUACUUUUAGUAGUGGCUAUCAACUUACUCUACAUCAGAAAAUUCAUACUGGUGAAAGGCCCUAUAAAUGUAAGGAAUGUGGGAAGGGCUUUAGGCAAAGCUAUCAACUUACUCUGCAUCAGAGAUGUCACACUGGGGAGAAACCCUAUAAAUGUCAAGAAUGUGGGAAGGCCUUUACCAUCAACUCACAACUUACUAGACAUAAGAGAAUUCAUACUGGCAAAAAACCUUGUAAGUGUAAGGUAUGUGAUAAGGGCUUUUUCAGUCAUUUAGAGCUUACUCAGCACGAGAGGAUCCACACUGGUGAGAAACCUUAUAAAUGUAAAGAAUGUGGGAAAGCUUUUCGACUUAAUUUCUACCUCACAGUACAUGAGAAAAUUCACACAGUUGAGAAACCCUAUAAAUGUAAGGACUGUGGGAGAACCUUUGGUGCCUGUGCAAAGCUUAUCCGACAUCAGAAAAUUCAUACUGGUAAGAAAUCUUACGAAUGUAAGGACUGUGGGAAAACCUUUAAUGUGCAUGGGCAGCUUAAUCGGCAUAAAACGAUUCACAGUGGUGUAAAACACUUUGAAUGUGAAGUGUGUGGGAAAGCUUUUAAUUUUAGUGGUGACCUGAGAGUACAUCAGAGAAUUCAUACUGGUGAGAAACCGUAUGAAUGUGAAGAAUGUGGGAAAGCCUUUAUACUUCGUUCAGCCCUUAUUGAACACGAGAGAAUUCAUACUGGAGUAAAGCCCUAUGAAUGUAAGGAAUGUGGGAAGACCUUUAGGGGGCGCUCUCAAGUGAGUCUGCACAAGAAAUUUCACACUGAUGUAAAACCCUACAAAUGUACAGGAUGCAGGAAGACCUUUAGAUUUGGGUUUUACCUUAGUGAGCACCAGAGAAUUCACACAGGCGAAAAGCCCUAUGAAUGUAGGGAAUGUGGGAAGGCUUUUAUUCGUAGAGGUAAUCUUAAGGAGCACCUAAAAACUCAUUCAGGUCUAAAACCCUAUGAGUGUAAAGAAUGUGGGAAGACCUUUAGUUGGCGUGGACAGUUUACACAACAUCAGAAAAUUCAUACAGGUGUAAAGCCGUACAAAUGUAAGGAAUGUGGGAAGGCCUUUAGUCGUAGUGGAGACCUUAGAAUACAUCAAAGAAUUCACACGGGUGAAAAGCCCUAUAAGUGUAAAGAGUGUGGAAAGGCCUUUAGGCUUAAUUCACACCUCAAUGAACAUCAGAGAAUUCACACUGGUGAGAGACCAUAUAAGUGUAAAGUAUGUGAUAAAGCCUUUAGACAACAUUCACACCUUUAUCAACAUCAGAAAAUUCAUAAUGUAACCUAA